AGAUUCAAACUUACUGACAAGGAAGUUGAGCAACAGCUAUUCCCUUUCUGUCUGGCUUGUUCAGUGACAUUUUGGGAAGAAAGAUUAAACCAGUUUUCAGCUGCCCUGAAUAAUGGCACAAUUUGAAGGGAUUCAGCUUGGAGCUAUAGGGAAGGAUGGAGACUCCAUGAAGAGUUACCUCCAGAGCUCACACGAUGUCCUGGUAUCUGCACUGUACAAUAUAGACCCAUUACUCGACCAAAUGAUUGCUUCACACCUCUUGACCCACGAGAAUUACUACGAAAUCCGAACUGAGAAGAUCCCACCCCAGAAGGCACGCAAACUGCUGGAGAUUGUGCAACUGCAGAUGAAUGAGAAUGAUGUGCGGCUAUUUGUAGAGUGCCUGAGGAGAUGCAAACGCCACUACCCCCGUCUGAAAGACUGGCUGGCAGGGGACGCUGAUAUCAAACGUGGACCGACAGAGCAGAAACUACAAAAACAAGCAAAUGUUGUGUGUCAGCGGCUUGGGCACCUGGUUAUUCCCAUCGCCAUGAGGUUAUUCUCCAAUGAAAUGAUUUCACAGUAUGAGCUAGACAUCGUGCAAGGGGAGACUACACUUUACUGUCAAGCGCAGCGAUUGAUUAAUAUCUGCCUGCAGAAAGGAGAGCGUUCCUGUCAGAAACUCUAUGAGGCCCUACAUGAAGAGGACACAAUCCUGGCAGAAGACAUUGAUGCAGCUCUUAAUGAGAGGAAACCAGCAUUUCCUAUCCAGCUACAGCAAGAUACAGAACAUCCACCUUUGUUAUCAUCUCUUGUUCCUGUUCCACAAGAGGAAACACAGCCAGUAACUUCCCUGUUGCAAGAUUUGAAGCUGAAGUGCGGAUUUGACGAAGAAAUUCAGCUGCGACAAAUAGAGAAAGAUCUCAUCAGAGAGGCUGUAACAUUGCUUCAGUUGGACACUGGCGGGAGCAUGUCGUUAAAUGUUUGUGAGUUUGGACUGUUGCUGGGCCUACCACGGAAGGUUGUUCAGGACUGCCUCUUUGAACUUGAAAGUGCUGACGAUUUUCACCAGCUUGCUGCAGUGAUCCACAUAUUCAUGGAAAAAACCAAUGAUGAGGAGAGACUCAGGCAAAAGAUGGCUUCUGCUAACAGAUAUCGUUUGUUGCUGUCACGACGAGCGAAAUUGUUGUUGAAACUACUUCAAAGUGGCCUGGAUGAUAGUCAUCACAGCAAAGAAUUUUCACAGCAGUUCAGCAACAUCUGGCUUUUCAUUUUGAGGGACUGCUUGGCUGAAACUGAAGAAGAUGCUUCUGAGGUAUCAACCCUGGAUAUUACAGGAUGUCUCCAGAAGCUGGAAAGGAAUGGCUUUGUGGAUGUUACAAUUCUCAAGGAACUGGCGGAGCUAUGGAUAGAGGGAACAGUUGAAACCUUCCACAGGAGCGUCCCACUUACUGCUCAGCUUGUCAGAGAUCUUUUUCCUCACUUGGACUCAGUGGAGUUUGAUGCAGUUCCUGUAUGGAAAGGUGUUUAUCGUUGCCACCCACGAGCAGUCAGGCGAGUUACCAGCUUCAAAGGACUUCCAGCAAGGAUCAUUCUGAAAGUGAUGCAACCCAAAUCUUUAUUGUCUGUGAAUGAGGAAAGAAUAAGCUUUGUAAACCAGGAGCUUCUAGCUGGAGAAUUUACACAGAUCUGCCUGAAAACUGCUGAUAUUCUUCAACGGCUCCAGGACUAUCAGUCCAAUGAGGUGAUCUCAAAACACAGAAGACACUUGAAUAAACAGGACGUUGCAAAGGAAAUCAGAAUGGUUUUGGCUACUGAAGACUUUGGGUGCAAUUCCUUUGACUCUGGUGUGAAGGCACGCCUCCUGUCGCUGGUUGACUUUGAUCCCUUCUUAUGCAAUAAGCCUCUGUUUCUGAGCCUUCAUUAUGACACCUUCAUUUCCUUAGUUGAAUAUUUGAAGACUAAUGACACACACUGUUUCCAAUUUGUUUUCAAAGAGGUUCACAUGUAUCAGUGUAAUGCAAGGUUUUAUGGGGUGCGGAGUGUGCGGGAUCCCGUGGCUAUUGACGGAGGAAUAGAACAGGUGUUCCAGUUUUCCACCUCGGACCGUGCUUCGUUUUUGGUCCAGCUUCAUUGCAGAGGUUACAGAGAUGGUCAGUAUCUCCAAUGCGACCGACCGCUCUUGUACAAGCUGUCAAAUCUGUCUGGCAGUUUGCAAGAGGAUGCCGAGAAAGCUGGCACAGUGGUUGCCAACCAAGCUGGCACAACUUGGCUCCGGGAACAUCCUGAUGGAGGUUUGAAGGAAAUUGUAGAGAGGAUUGUGCAGAAUUCCAGUGGAACUGUAGAAAUAGGAAGCUGCUGCUUCCUCAUCAAUUCGUGGAAUGCAGAGUGUGAAAUCAGGCUCCUUUACAAAGAUGAUACAAUCACUGCAAGAGCAGAAAGAAAUGCCGACAUUCACUGACUUGUAAAUUGUCAUGAAAGCCUCCCUCUCCGACUGCAGAAUGUUGGACCGUGAAAUGGGAUUUCACCCAGGUUGAGGUAUUCCCUGACUGGUAGCCUCCCGAUGUGACCUUGUACCAAAUUCCAGCCAAUUACUUGCCUGGCAGACAUUCAGCCAUUUAACCCAAACUUCAGCUACUGGUUUUGUUGCACAAACAGCCAGCAAACUGACCAUGGCACCAUGGUACAGGAAGCCAUUUAAAUGGGAGGAGUGAAUAGAAAUGUAGUGGUAGCAGGGGACAGUAGGGUCAGGGGGAUAGACACAGUUCUCUACACCUGAGAGCAUGAGCCCAGAAGGCUGUGUUGCCUGCCUUGUGCCAGGGUUCAAGACAUCUGUUCAGGGCUGGAGAAAAUAAUAAAAAGAGCAAAGGUAAAUUAUGAAAGAAAACUAGCACAAAAUGUAAAAACUGAUAGCAAAAGCUUCUACAAGUAUA